UUCCCGUUGCUGUCAGACUCUCCCGUUCAGCCGUAGGGCUGAGUGGCCCUGGGGUGAGCUCGCCCCGGGACCAGACUCGCUCCGUUACCAGCCUUUAGGAACCGGCGUGGAUUCCUGGUCUCCUAGCAACGAGGGCCUGGCCUCGGACUGAGCCGGCCGCGUAGCUGUCCAAGCAGUUGGGGCGCUAUCCAGAAUCCCCAAGCCGGACCCAAACGGGAGCCGAAACCUCGAGCUUGGAAGAAUAAGCAGGAAAUGGCGGACGAGGCGUUGUUUUUGCUUCUGCAUAACGAGAUGGUGUCUGGAGUGUACAAGUCCGCGGAGCAGGGGGAGGUGGAAAAUGGACGCUGUAUAACUAAACUGGAAAACAUGGGGUUUCGAGUGGGACAAGGAUUGAUAGAAAGGUUUACAAAAGAUACUGCAAGGUUCAAGGAUGAGUUAGAUAUCAUGAAGUUCAUUUGUAAAGAUUUCUGGACUACAGUAUUCAAGAAACAAAUCGACAAUCUAAGGACAAAUCAUCAGGGCAUCUAUGUACUUCAGGACAACAAAUUUCGCCUGCUUACUCAAAUGUCUGCAGGAAAACAAUAUUUAGAACAUGCAUCAAAGUAUUUAGCAUUUACAUGUGGCUUAAUCAGAGGUGGCUUAUCAAACUUGGGGAUAAAAAGUAUUGUAACAGCUGAAGUAUCUUCAAUGCCUGCCUGUAAAUUUCAAGUGAUGAUACAGAAGCUAUAGAACCUACUGAAAUGCAAGGAUUUACUAGUGUAAAGAGAUAAAUUAUUCCUGUAUAAAGUAUUUCAGAUGGCAAUGAUUUAAUUACAUUGUUGGACAUUUGUACUGAUAUAAGCUAUUUGCUAACUUGUAUAAUGAAAGAUGCACUCUUAAGCAGGAGGAAGGUUGUAUUUUAUCAAUUUAAGAUAGACCUUAAAGCAGGUAGAGACAUUCUACUAUAACAUAUACUUUACUGAAACUAUUCAGAAUGAAAACCUAAUUUCAAAUAACUAAACACCAAUGCAGGACCCUUAUUUAAACAUUUUUAUUUGCUUAGAGUGAUACAUAUUUAACCAGAAAUGGAGAAGCAAAACUCAGGGUUUGGUAAAUUAGUGUAAUGAAAAGUAUGCACCAAUCAGAAUCAUUUGUGUAAAAAUGAACAAAUUUUGGUUUAUGAAUUUUAGUUAUUAAAAGAGCAA